AUGAAGUUAAAGUUUAGUGAAGACGAACGGCCUUCUCCUGCUCCUCCCUGUGAUCGAUUUGGAGCGCAAGUCAUUGCAACAAUCCACGACUUAUCUCAGGAAUCAGACCCCAUGAGGCUUACUGAGAGCGAGCUACAACUGGGAAAGUCGAAGCCUUACUGGAUUCCUGACGAUGACUGUUCGAUGUGUAUGUUAUGUAAUGCUCGUUUUUCUCUACUCAAUCGUCGUCAUCACUGUAGAGCUUGCGGCCGCGUAGCCUGUGGAUCAUGCUGCAAGGAGCGGGCUACACUUCAGUAUAUGAAAGACGAGCCAAAAAAGCAAUCACCUGCUCGCGUUUGCACUCCUUGCGCUUCUAUGCUCGCUCGCAUCGAGGAUUAUGAGAAAAUGAUGAGAGAACAUGCAGAGGGAGGCCCUUCGGAGGAUGCAGCUCCGUCGACGUCAUCUGCUGGUCGUAUGACCCGU